CCAAAAAACGACAUCGUUUUCUCUAAAGUUUUUGAAAGAAAGAGCCCUAGUUCACUGUGAUUGAAGAAGAAUCUUCUCUCAUCACCGACGCACCCAAUCGGAUUCUCUGCUGCAUCCGCCGUUGCUCGAGUUUUGGGGUUUCUCAGUAAAUAUUAUCAUUGAAGAUGCAGCUUACACUUGAAUUUGGAGGAGGUUUGGAGCUUCUUUGUGACUCCAAGAAGAUUCACAAUGUCAACGUUGAAUUUGAACAACCAAAUGGAGAAGACAAGUUAACCAUGAAAGGAUUGCUUUCUUGGGUGCGAACCAACUUGAUUAAGGAGAGGCCCGAAAUGUUCAUGAAAGGAGAUACUGUGAGACCGGGAGUUCUUGUCCUUGUGAAUGAUUGUGAUUGGGAGCUAAGCGGUCAGCUGAAUACAUCACUAGAAGAGAAAGACGUGGUUGUCUUUAUAUCUACCUUGCACGGUGGUUAGCGUUAUGUGAUCUAAUAUCGGAUGAAGUAAUUAGUGUUAUAGUAUAAUAAUAAACCCAACUGUUGAAGUCAUUGUGAACCUUGCUAAUUAAAAUUUGGCAAUCAAUUUGCUGAAUCAACUUACAUGGUCUAGUAUGCUGCUAUAUGCACUGAACAAUUUGUACUUUCACUGCUAUGAAAUUAAAUUUUGCUUACAAUACUUUACUGAUAUCACAUAUGUAGCUAUCCCCUUGUAUAUUACUGUAAGGGCUUAUCCACUUGUU